GCCACCAGUGGAGCUCUCUCUGCUGCACAACCUCUGUGCCUUAGCUGCGCCCUGAGCAGCCUGGGGCUCCUUCACAGCGGGCCUGGCUGCAGCCUUUCUUCCAGUCAGACGGGACAAGGGCUAUGAACGAGUCCUAUCGCUGUCAGACAUCCACCUGGGUGGAAAGGGGCUCCUCGGCGACGAUGGGCGCUGUGCUCUUCGGUGCGGGGCUUCUGGGCAAUCUUCUGGCGCUGGUGCUGCUGGCGCGCUCGGGACUGGGGUCUUGCCGGCCAGGGCCACUACACCCGCCGCCCUCGGUCUUUUAUGUGCUCGUGUGUGGCUUGACGGUCACCGACUUGCUGGGCAAGUGUCUGAUCAGCCCGAUGGUCCUGGCUGCCUACGCGCAAAACCAGAGCCUAAAGGAACUGCUGCCUGCCUCAGGCAAUCAGUUAUGCGAAACGUUCGCCUUCCUGAUGUCCUUCUUUGGGCUAGCCUCGACCUUACAGCUGUUGGCUAUGGCGGUGGAGUGCUGGCUGUCUCUGGGACACCCCUUCUUCUACCAAAGGCACGUCACCUUGCGCCGGGGAGUGCUGGUGGCACCGGUCGUGGCCGCCUUCUGCUUGGCUUUCUGUGCGCUCCCCUUUGCUGGUUUUGGGAAGUUCGUGCAGUACUGUCCAGGCACCUGGUGUUUCAUCCAGAUGAUCCACAAGGAGCGUUCAUUUUCGGUAAUAGGCUUCUCUGUGCUCUACUCCAGCCUCAUGGCGCUGCUGGUCCUCGCAACCGUGGUGUGCAACCUGGGUGCCAUGUACAACCUCUAUGACAUGCACAGGCGCCAGAGGCACUAUCCUCACCGCUGCUCCAGGGACCGCGCCCAGUCAGGCUCAGACUACAGGCACGGGUCCCUGCAUCCUUUGGAGGAGCUGGACCACUUUGUGCUGCUGGCUCUCAUGACAGUGCUCUUCACCAUGUGUUCCCUGCCUUUAAUUUAUCGUGCGUACUAUGGAGCCUUUAAACUUGAGAACAAAGCUGAAGGAGACUCAGAAGACCUCCAAGCCUUGCGUUUCCUGUCUGUGAUUUCCAUAGUGGACCCCUGGAUCUUCAUCAUCUUCAGGACUUCAGUAUUCCGGAUGUUAUUUCACAAGGUUUUCACAAGACCUCUGAUCUACAGAAACUGGAGCAGCCAUUCCCAGCAAAGUAACGUGGAAUCCACUUUGUGAGGGCUUUGCGUGUUCUGAUAAGCUGAAAAUACAGCACACAUUCAAAGAGCCGUGCUUGGAAAAGCCUUACAAUUUAAAUCCUUAAAAACUAUCUCCCAUGAAGAGAUGGAGAGAGGGAUCAGCACUGAAGAUCAUUUACUUCUCUUCCAGAGGACCUGAGUUUGAUUCCCAGAACCCACAACAGGUGCCUCACACCACUGUAAGUCCAGCUCCAGGGAAUCUUACACCAGUGGCCUGCACGGUCACCUGCACUCAUGUGCAUAUAACCACAUGUGAGCACACACACACACACACAGUGAGAGAGAGAGAGAGAGAGAGACAGAGAGAGAGAGACAGAGAGAGAGGGAGAGAGACUUAAAAGUAAUAAAAGCUAAUUUAAAAUAUCUCCCAUAAUUAAGACAUCUCAAAGGUAACCAAUUUAUAUGUUGUCACUCUGUAUCCAUAAACCCUUUUGGUCCAUUUAAAAAAAUGUGCUAUUAACAGCAAUUAAACUUUGUAUGUUAUAAACAAUGUUAACAGUGCUAUAGCAAUGAUUUUAAUUGUCUCAACAUUUGUACCUGAUGGUUCUAAAUGUUUAGGGCAAUCUUGAGACCCAUGGGUUUUUAAUUGAAAUAUGAUAGAAACAACACCGUCUCACUGUAGGCUUGUAAUUUUGUAGUGGGUAUUCUUGAACAAACCUAGCAACAUCUCACACAUUGUUACAGUAAAGCUUAACUUAUUUUGUAUCAUUGUUGCUCCUUUUUGUGGAUGGUUUGGUUUGGUUUGUUUGUUUGUUUUUGUCAAAUGACCUAAGAAUAAUCUGAAUUGUAGAUAAUAUUUAAGAGAAAUGAGUUGGGAAACCAGAUCAGGUAAGGUAUUUGGAGAGACCAUUUCGGGGGCUACAGGAAAAGACCUGCAAGUCCCAUGUAGUUAAAUGAAACAAGAUAUAACUAGGGUCAACAACUCAAAGUGGAAAAAGGAAACUGAUCUUUUGAAGUCUGGUCUGGAAGCAGGGAUGGCAAGGGUAGUCAGUAAUUUGCAUAAUGAGUCUAAGAUUUUCAAUUCAGGAAACCUUCAUUUUCACAUUGAUGGACUCUUUAAAGAGCAGGAUUUGUGUUUCUUGGGAAAACACUGGUGUAUGACUUACCGAAGAGCUGUAUUAUAUACCAAUUUCAGUCAACUCACAGGGCAUUGAGCACAGUAGGAGGCCCACUCAGGACAUAGCCUCUGUGAAGGGUGAUGGCAGUGGCAUUCACACCUGCCUCUUACAGCUUCAGUCUGCUGUUAGUAGAGGGAAUGAGAUGUUACCUGGGACUGCAGUGAGCUGGGCUAGCUGAACCAGAGUAAAAACAGCUCUGAAAGGCACUGGGAACACUUUAAUUACUCACUUUUGAGGUCACACAGGCCAGCAACACUAUAACCUAAAAAGAAAAUGUGUGGGGUGUGCGGUGGGAGAUGGGGAGUACCCCUGCAUUGGGAGAGAGCUGGAGCUCACAGCAAGAGCUUUGGACAGCUAUAAAGCAGUAGAUGGGGAUAGGAGAGAGUUUCCGAGUCCCUGAGCAUUCCGACACUCAGAUGCUGGAAUGGACGCAAGGUCUGCAGCAGGCAGUUCCUCUCAAAGACAAGAGGAGCUCCCAUAUUUCUUGGUCAGCAGAAAACCAAUUUUCUCAACUCUCAUUUUCCUGAGACCUCAGAGAUGGUAUUAACUUAGCUUAUGUAUCUAUGUAUGUAUGUAUGUAUGCAUGUAUGUACGUACAUAGAGCAAAACUGUGAAAAAGCCAAAUUAGGAAUAAAGAAAGUAUAAACUGAGAGUAUGACACAAAGAAAAAUGUUUUGGUUUUGGUUUAACUUGUGUUUCUAUGUUUAAUGUGAAUGAUGAUUUUUUUUUUCUUUUGGUCUGAGGAGGUGCAUUUUUUUCGUGUGUGUGUCCUAGUUUUAGAAGGUAUGCUAUGGUAACUGUCUAGAGAAUUUGAUAAAGUGCCAGAUGAAUCAAUAAAUGUGAUUUUUAUAAG